ACGAAGUGUUAUAACGCGUAUAUUUAAGUAUUACGGUUGUCGGAGGAUUAGAUCAGUUGGUAAUCCGCCACUAUUUCUCAAUCCGAAAAUCGAUUGUCGAUUACCAAACCUAUUCCAAACCUGAAGCUGCCGAUCUGCCACUAUGUUAGUCAUGUAACUUACGAACACCAGUUAAUGCACCGGACAUGUUAAUACACGUUGGACACCGGUAAGCGAUCGUGCGGCGUAGUGUGACUAGUUUGUUGUCGUCGAGCUUCGUGAUAUAUACGAUUUAGAAAUUACCGAGCUACGUAAAAUCGUAUUUCAGAUAAUUCUCAGCGUCGUAAAAAGAAAUGGCACCUCGUAAAGCUGCGAAACAUUCAGACACAGAGGUUGUAGACAGAGCCGUGGAAGCCGGCGAUGUAUCGCCUCCGAAAAGAAAAAAAACUGGUGCAAAAACUGCGAAUAAAAGUGACGAGGAGAAGCAGAUUCGAUUGCCAAGGGCCGCGAAAUCGGUGAAAACCGAACAGCCAGAAGCCGGGGACAUGACGUUGACCGUAACUAAGAACACAAAAACAAAGAAUAAGACAUCAUCGCCUGCUAAAGCACCCGCGAAAGCGAACUCGAAAGUCAAGUUUACGGCGAAGAAGAAUAAAGAGGCCGAAGAGAAAGCGGAUGGAAACCUCGUGGACGCGGAGACUGUGAAAAAUCCAGAAGAAACUGAAACGAAGAAGACACGCACCAAAGCUACGACAAAAAAGGCGGGAAUCGAUACAGACGAAGAGCCUAAGGCAAAAUUGAAGGGAAGAGGCAAAAAAGGAGCUGCCAGUGAGAAUGCAGAAAAUUCAGAUGCACCAGCUGUAAAGAAGAGAAAAGCGACAAAUACUGAUGUGACAUCAAAUGAGAAUAAACCAAAAACAAAGGCAACAAAGAAAAAAAAUGAAGCAGAUGCUGAUACAAAAAACAAAAGUGCCAAUAACAAAACUAAAGCUGCUGCUGGUAAUGAGACUGAAAAUAAUGUUAAAACAGAAGACUCAACUGCAAUUAUAAAAACAAUUAAAAAAGGAAAUGAUGAUAAACCCACAAAAGCAACUACGGUAAGGAAAACAAGGGGUCGCAAAAAUGAAACUAGUCUAGAAGAUACGCCAAAAGAUGAAGACUCAAAAGCAACUUCAGAAGAAGCACAUACUAGUGAUAACGAAAAUCAAGAAGACCAGAACAAUCAUUCAGAUGCAGUAGAACCAAAUCAGACACUAAAAAAGGGGAAAAAUGUAAGGAAAAAAGAGGGAGCAGUACCACAAAAGAAAGCCAAUAAAGUUCGUGGUAAAGCUGCAAAUCGUAAUGCUGAUAUUGCUUCUAAUGAAGAUGAUGCUGAUGCAAUGAAAGUAGGUAAAGAUAUGCAAAAGAAAACAAGCAGAGAAAUCACAACUACUGCAAAGAAAGGACGAGGAAAGAAGGCUACAACUACAAUAAAAGUGGAAAAUGGAGAAAAGACUUCAGAUAAUGUAGCUGCAGAGGAAAAUUCAUUGGAAGUCAUAAAUAAUACUAACGACGAGCAAAAGUCGUCGGAAGAAGAGGACAACGACAAAGACCAACAUUCAGAGGAAACAAAGCACACCAAAACGACGGCAAUGUCAAAAAAAGUGGAUAAAAUGGCUAAGAAAGAAGAUGCUGAAAAUAAUGUAUUACAUGAAGAAGAAAAUUAAUGGUGAGAGAACAUGGCUAGAGCAGGGUG